GGUCCGCCCCUCCUGGAGAGGAGGGCCAAUGGGGGCUCAGUCCACGUCGCCCUUUAGCAUGGAUGCAUAAUCCUCCGAGCCCGGCACUGGGAAGCACCCGAAAGGCGAGGCGGACCCGAAAGGGCUCCCUGGGGCGCGUGGACAGUCAAUCAUAAACUCAGCAAGUCAUUGGUUUGUGCAAGCAGCUCUGUUGCUAUUUUAUGAAGUCUAGAACUGUACUUUGUGCUCCACAAGGCCAGCAGCCGAUAAAAUAAUUUGUGUUGUUUCUCUCUCCUGCUUGUCUGCCUGGGACUCUACUGUGACGGUUAAAGUGAAGACAGUAUAUAAGCCUUUGCCACGGGUGAGAAGCCAUUAAACCGAAGCUGUUCAUUUCCAAGGAAGGCAGAACUCCUUGAGCUACUUGAGAAUCAUUAUGUUGCUUGAAAUACUGUUGGCUGUGGUCUUGGGGGCCAUUAUUUAUCUGAUGCUGAUUAAGAAGAAUGAGGAAACCCCAGCUGAGAUGGGAGAUGGAUGGUGGAGCAAAGGAUUGAAACCUGAUUCGGAAGAAGAUGCCACUAUACGUCCUUUCAAGGUGGAAACUUCGGAGGCUGAUAUCAAUUACUUACACAGAAGGCUUGAAGAAGUGAGAUACACUGAGCCGUUAGAGGACAGCUGCUUUCAUUAUGGGUUUAAUGUGACUUAUCUUAAGAAGAUUGUCUCUUAUUGGAGAAACCAGUUCGACUGGAAAAAGCAAGUGGAAGUUCUUAACAAAUUCCCACAAUUCAAAACGAAGAUUGAAGGAAUUGAUGUCCAUUUUCUUCAUGUGAAACCUUCACAGUUGGGUGAAGGCCAGUCUGCAAAGCCAUUGCUGUUGGUUCAUGGUUGGCCUGGAUCCGUCUAUGAGUUUUACAAAAUCAUCCCUCUUUUGACAGACCCUGCGAGACAUGGCCUGAAUAGCAAUCUUGUUUUUGAAGUAAUUUGCCCUUCCAUCCCUGGUUAUGGCUUUUCAGAGGCACCUCACAAAAAAGGCUUUAAUUCGGUGUGUGCUGCCCAUGUUUUCUCUAAACUGAUGCUCAGACUAGGUUUCCAUGAGUACUAUAUUCAAGGAGGGGACUGGGGCUCAGCAAUAUGUACCAAUUUGGCUCAGAUAGCGCCUAGCCAUGUGAAAGGCCUUCACAUAAAUAUGCCAUUUGUGAAUUCCAUGGGAAUUAAGGAAUUUCUGUCCAUUCUGCUGGGACCAUAUUUCCCAAGACUGUUUGGUUUCCAGCCGGAGGAUAUCCGUGGGAUGUUUCCUUUCAAAACAAAAAUAUUAAAAACACUUCUGAUGGAGAGUGGUUAUUUUCACCUACAAUCUACAAAGCCUGACACUGCAGGCUGUGCCUUGAAUGACUCUCCUGUAGGACUGGCUGCUUACAUCUUGGAGAAGUUUUCUACAUGGACUGAUAUCAGCUUUCAGCAUCUGGAAGAUGGAGGACUAGAAAAGAAGUUUACUCUGGAUGACCUUCUCACAAAUGUCAUGAUCUACUGGGUUUCCGGAUGUAUGGUUUCUUCAAUGCGCUUUUACAAAGAGAAUGUGGGGAUGCUCUUCACUAAAAAUAAAUAUGCAGAGUUGCCUGUGAAAGUUCCUACAGGAAUUGCUCUGUUUCCACAUGAAGUUACAUACUUUCCUCGGUCUUGGGUUGAAAAAAUGCAUGUCAAUAUCAUUUCAUUCAACCAUAUGCCCAGAGGUGGUCAUUUUGCAGCUUUUGAAGAACCAGAGCUCCUUGCUGCAGACAUUCAGCAGUUUGUGGAGAAAGUUGAAAAGGGGAACACUUCAAAAUGAAGAAUAACUCGUUUAAAGUGUAGACUGUUGAAAUACAAGCUUAUAUUCACCUCACCUUGCACACUAUUAUAAUUGAGAUUAGAAAUGAGAAAACCCUCUUGCAUUUAGAGUGAUUACCUCUAUAGCCCUAAAGUAAUAUUUUUAUAGCUCUGUCUCUUAUCCUGCAAUGACAGAAGAAAAAAAUGACUCAAUUCUUUCAAAUUGACUUCAUAAUGAUCUAGAAGAGCACAAUAGCGGAGACUAAAUUGUGAAUGAAGAAGUCCCUGCUUUUAGCUUUUAUUAUUUCGCCGUCAACAUAGUACUUUGCAGAGAUGGGGUGGGGAGUCUAUGAAUUCUGCCUCCGAGCAGCCCCAACCACCAAGACCAAUGGCCAGUGAUGAUGGAGACUGGAAUUCAACAUCAAGUGGGCCACAGGUUGUCCAUUUGUCUUAUAAAGAAUGAGAAGGCUACUUUCUGCCAUCAUCAGUGGCAUUACAAACUAGAAACAGAUACAAGAGAAGGGAAGGUAAAUCUCCAUCCUGGAACUCAACAGGUCACUUUAAAGCAACUGUUUUUUCAACCCCAGCUGAACUAACUAAGGUUUGAGGGAUGCUCACUUACCUAAUGUGUGUAUAUAAUGAUUACUAAGCUUUUCUAUAAAUAGCUUAUUGGGUACAUUAGGACAUGAAGCAAUCAUCUAGAAAAACUGAUUUGCUUAGUCUGUUCCUCAGCCAUGUGUCAGGUAAUAGACAAAGAAUCAGUUUCUGUUGUGAUUGUUUCAUUUUUAAGGGGAAAAUGAGUUAAAAUUCUAGAAUCUUAAGAACCAUAAAAAUUGGAAAGAACCACAUGGGCCAUCAAGUCUGACCACUGCUAUAUGCAGGAUCUCCAGUUGAAGCAUCUGCAGCAGAUAGCUGUCCAUGGUCUUUUGAAGAUGUCCUGAGAAGGAGGCCCUAUCGCUGGUUUCCUUCCUGAACAUCUUACUGUCAGUUCAUCAUCACUCAUCCAGCCAUGAUCCAUCAUAAAAUGGGAAGGAUCUGCAAACAGGAGAGCUUUCGCUAACAUUCUGAGGGCUGCCAUAUCACAUAACAAUAACAGCUCCUGAGCAGCCCUUUUGUGAAGUAGUUUAGGAUUUCACUGUGAAUGAACAAUUGUGAAAUAUUUUCUCUUAAAUCUGUUAUAAGAAUGAACUUUCUGCUUAAUAACCCAUAAGCCACAGCAUGCAGCUAGCAGCUGAAAAAUUACAAAUGUGAGUACAACUUUCACAUUUGCCCUUUGUUUUAUUGAAUGCAUAGAAUUCCUUUGUAAAACAAUUUAUGGGCAGCAUUUAUAGGAACAAGUACUCAUAGCCUACCCAGCCCCAUCUCUGGGGCCUACAUUUAACUUUAAAAAUCAUAGUAAGCAACCUUUUGGAAUGUACAGAUCUGUAUAUUUCAUUAUUCUAAAUGAAAUAAAUUAUACAUUAAAAGAUAAA